UCUUCAGUCUGGGGUCCUGGGGGCACCCUGGCCGGGGUCUGAGCUUCAGGGAUCCAGUUUUCCUGUCUGUCGAGGGGUCUGGAUCCUGUGACUGUCCUCUCUACGUCUGUGAGGGACGCUGGUCUGUCCCUGGCAGGGGCAGCUUGAAACCCCUCAUUUCACAAAACAGAAAUCGGACCAGAGAGGGGAAGGCACGUGGCCAGUCACGCAGCAGCAUGUCAGACAAGGGGGCUGCUCAGGACCCCAGAUCCAGCAUGAGGGAGCAGGACCAGCAGGUGAGGAGCCACCCCGGAUCCAGCAUGAGGGAGCAGGACCAGCAGAAUGUGGUGCAGCGCAUGGCAGCUUUGCCGCUGGUCAGGGCCACAUGCACGGCCGUCUCCGGUGCUUAUCACGCGGCCAAGGACAAGCACCCUCUGCUGGGCUCCGCCUGCCGCCUUGCUGAGCACUGUGUGUGCAGUGUGACCAGCUGCGCCCUGGACCAUGCACAGCCACUGCUUGACCAUCUGCAGCCACAGCUGGCCACAGUGAACGAUCUCGCCUGCAGGGGUCUGGACAAGCUGGAGGAGAAACUGCCUUUCCUCCAGCAACCUUCGGACACGGUGGUGACCUCAGCUAAGGAUGCGGUGGCCAGCAGUGUGACAGGGGUGGUGGACCUGGCACAGCGGGGCCGGCGCUGGAGCGGGGAGCUGAGGCGUUCAGUGAGCCAGGCCAUGGACAUGGUACUGGGCAAGUCUGAGGACCUGGUGGACCACUUUCUGCCCAUGACCGAGGACGAGCUGGCGGCCCUGGCGGCUGAGGCUGAGGGCCCGGAAGUGGGCUCACUGGAGGAGCAGAGGCGACAGCAAGGCUACUUUGUUCGUCUGGGGUCCCUGUCAGCACGCCUCCGCCAUCUGGCCUAUGAGCACUCUUUGGGGAAACUGAAGCAAACCAAACACCACACCCAGGACACGCUGGCCCAGCUGCAGGAGACCCUGGAGCUGAUCCACCGUCUGCAGAGUGAGGCAAGCCUCAUGUCCACUGCCAAGGCCACUAAGGUGCAUGAGCCAUGGGAGGAUUGGAACUCGUGGCUUGAGAAUGGGCAAAGCCGCAGCCAGGUGGAGCUGGAGACACUGGCUGUGUCGCGCAUCCUGACCCGGGAGCUGCAGAGUGCGGUGGAUGCUCUGGCUGCCUGUGUGCAUGGGCUGCCGCCAGGCGCCCGAGCCAAGGUGAGUGAGGUGCAGCGCAGCGUGGACGCCCUGCAGGCCGCCUUUGCCAAUGCGCGCUGCCUGGGGGACGUGGCACCCGCUGCACUGGACGAGGGCAGGGGCAGCGUGGCCCGGGCACACGCAUGCGUGGAUGAGCUGCUGCAGCUGGUCCUGCGCACCAUGCCACUGCCUUGGCUCGUGGGUCCUUUUGCGCCAGUCCUGGUGGAGCGGCCGGAGCCCCUGGCUGACCUGGCUGACUGUGUGGACGAGGUGGUGGGUGGCCCCGAUCCUCGCUGGGCGCACAUGGACUGGCCGGCCCAGCAGAAGGCCUGGGAGGCGGAGCACGCAGACCUGGAGGGUCAGGAGCCCGAACUCCCAAGUGUCCAGGUCAAGCACACCCUAAUGCCGGAGCUGGACUUCUGACUGAAGCCCCGCCUACCGCCUGGUGGCCAUGCGAGUUCCUUUCCCAGGCUGUGGUUCCAUAGAAGAUCCUGAGGUCUGAGUGGACCUCACUUUAGCCACUUCCAACCCGUUCGAGAUCCUGUUCCCAGCCACAAAGCCUGGCCAGGAGCAUGCGUAUCAUAUCUGUGCUCAGGUCAAAGCUAAGGCAGGAGGAUUGUGCGUUUGCCGAUAGCCUGGGUGGGCUACUGAGUGAGACUGUCUCAAAAAUAAAUCAAAAAGCCAGGUGUGGAGGUGCACACCUUUAAUCCCAUCACCCAGCAGGCA